AUGGAUCCUCUGUUGAGGGAGCUAGCGGCUUCCUUCAAGGUCUGUGCAUAUGCGGAUGACCUUCUCAUCAUGUUUGAAGGGGAUAGUCGCCUUGAACUGGAAAAUGGUGGUGAGCAAGCUAUGCAGAUUGUGCAGGCUUGGAGUGACCGAGUUGGAGUGGAGGUGGCUACCGAGAAGACGGUGCUGAUGCUGCUGAAAGACAGAUUGGCGCGCAGUCGUCCUCCCUGCGUUCGAGCUGGUGAACGCGGCAUAAGGUAUUCGUGUACUUCGAAUAAACCACAAACAACAACGGCCACAGCUGCCAAUGGUGGUAGUCAUCUAAUAUCAUCGAGCGGCGAUCGUGUACCGCCCAUCGGUGGCUAUCAAUGGCCAACGGAUCAAACACCUGGUGUUAUGGGUCUAAAAAAUCAUGGCAAUACCUGUUUUAUGAAUGCCGUCUUACAAUGCCUUAGCCACACCGAUAUACUGGCGGAAUAUUUUGUUUUGGAUCAAUAUAAGGCUGAUUUGAAACGUCGCAAUAAAAUCAAUUCCCGUAAAUUUGGUACCAAAGGUGAGCUAACCGAACAGCUGGCCAAUGUUUUGAAAGCCUUGUGGAUGUGUAAAAAUGAAAGUGAUCACAGUACGAGUUUUAAGGCCGUGGUCGAUCGUUAUGGCUCACAAUUUCGCAGCUCAACCCAACAUGAUGCUCAAGAAUUUCUAUUUUGGUUAUUAGACAAAGUCCAUGAAGAUUUAAAUACCGCCACAAAACGUCGCUAUAAAAGUGUCAAGAACAAUUAUGGCCGUCCAGAUGAAAUUAUUGCCGCCGAAACAUUAGCCAAUCAUAUACGCUGCAACAACUCCUUUGUUCAAGCCGUAUUCCAAGCACAAUUUCGUUCAUCUCUCACCUGUCCGCGAUGUAAAAAACAAUCGAAUACAUUCGAUCCAUUCCAUUGCAUAUCGGUACAACUGCCACAGCUGACACAACAGACAAUCUUUGCCACCGUUGUCUAUCUGCAAAAGCAGCCAAGGCAAAUGCGUAUGGGUCUAACCGUAACUGCCGGUUCACCAAUUGUGGCCUUAAGGGAACAACUGCAUAAAGAUACGGGAAUACGAACGGAACAAAUGGUCUUGGUCGAUUUGCAAAAGGAAGGAUUUAUGCGUGUGUUUUAUGAUUCACAGCCGGUUAACACCUUGGAUGGUAUUGAGACAAUUUAUUGUAUAGAGGUGCCAUUGGAAAAGGAGGAAAUAACCAAUAAAAGCAAUAAUGAGGCAACAACAAAUACCAACGCUCCUGGUGGUGGUGGCAAUUCUACAACUGCAACCUCAACAACAACAACUGCCAAUAAUCCACAAUCAGCAAAUCUGUUGGUGUUGGUGGCAAAUGUCAAGAAAACCAAGUUGAAAAAUGAAGACCCCUCAAAGGAGGAUGUGGUUAGCUUGGAACGUUUUGGUGCUCCAUUUUGUUUACAAAUACCACGUGAUUGUUCAUAUGCCGAAUUGCAGAAGAAGCUGUUGAAGGAAAUGGCAGCCAUUUUAAAACCCGAAGUAUUUUCCUAUUCAACUCCCUUGAAAGAAAUGUUUCAAAUACGUUUACAAGAUCCUUCGGCAGAUCCUGACACCUUCAUUGAGCAGGUUGAACAUCCCCUACUAACGGAAAUGAUUGACUUGGCUUUGUCCGUGUUAUCAGCUGAAGCUGGUCCACCGCACAUUAAAUUACUACUCGAGUGGCCAGAACCAGAGGCUUAUUUUUCCGACCUCUCUGAUCAUGUGGUUGAACAUGAAAGUGUACCCCGCCUAUUGGCAAAUAAAACAAAUGACACCGCCACCCUAACUUUGGAACAAUGUCUGGAACAUUAUACCAAAGCUGAAACCUUGAGUGCUGAAGAUGCCUGGCGUUGUCCCCACUGUCAGGAGUAUUUACCGGUUGUGAAGACAUUAGGUUUAUGGUCAUUACCUGAUAUAUUAGUUGUACAUUUCAAACGCUUCCGCCAACAUCAUGGCAAGGGCCAAAAUGCCGCCAAGCUAACCACCAUGGUUAAGUUUCCAUUGCAUUCCUUUGAUAUGUCACCACAUUUAGCCAAAGAGGUGCAUGAAACCACAGCCGCAACAUUAUCGGCUAGUUCAGCAGCACAACAGCAUCAAACCCGUCCAAGUCCUUGGCGUAAAUCAAAGCCGGGAGAUUCACGGUCUUCCACAUUGAGUUCUCGUGAUAAUCGUGAAACUCGUUAUGACCUCUAUGCAGUCUGUUAUCAUCAGGGUGAUACACUGGAAACGGGUCAUUAUACUGCCGCUUGUAAAAAUCCCUAUGAUCGUCAAUGGUAUAAAUUUGAUGAUCAACGGGUCACCAAAGUACCCAAUGAAAAUAUGCCCGAAGAAAUCAUUAAUAAUGAGGCUUAUAUGUUGUUCUAUCAACGGAGAACAUCUGAAAAUGCUGAAUGUUCGGGUUCCAGUUCAAAUUCCAGUGAUCAUUGGGUAUCACGUAUAGCACCGCCACCAACAACGACGGCACAAUGCUCAAAUGUCCAAUCAGUUUUAAGUAAAUCCAAGGAGACUCUUAAAUCGGAAACGAAUGUGGACAAACCUUCUGAAGUGAGUACCAAGGAAGAGAAAAUUGAUGUUGUUGUGGAAAAACAUCUUAGUCCUGAGAUACAGAGCAAUAAACCAUCGACUGCGGCGUCUACGGCAAAGGAUGAAAAGGAAUUUACUGAAAUCCCCACAACAUUGGAAGAAACAGUAAUCGCCUCUAAUUUGGAUGCUUUGGAGGAACUUUUGGAUUAUGCAGAUGCUGAGGUUAUACACGACUGCAACGAUCUAACUGAAGCUAUGGCCGAUAAUAAAGAUAUCACACCGGAAGAAAAUAAUGAAAUUUUCACCAUGGAUGAGGAUUGUAAAUUGGAUGAGGAAAUCAAAACAGACCCCUGCAAUCAUUCGGCAGAUAAUGCUCAUGAAAAUAUCAAUGCCAACAACAAUGCCACAAAUUAUUUACAUACCAAUGGUCAUGGCAAGGAUAUAAAAUCUAAAUCUCCACUAUCUCUUAAAAAAUUAAAUGGCUUUGAGAAACAUCACAACAACAACAACAACAAUAAAUCAAUAGCCAGCUCAAAUUCCUCUACAUCAUCCUCUUCUUCUGCAUCCCUGGCAUCAACCCAAUCAUUAAACAAAGGUCAACAACAGGCAGAAACUUCCAAACUUAAAGAUAAUACCGCUGAUGAUGGCUUACAAACAAAAACAAAUGGAUUUUCAUCUUCGAACAUUGUUGCCACACCCAAGGCCAUUUCGAAUUCGGCACCCAACGAUAAAGAACAUUUACUUUCGACAAGUUUAAAAAGUAAUAGUAGCAGUAUUAUUAGCUCCGCCUUAGCGGGACAUUUUCAAACGUAUCGCCAACCAUGGCAUGGUAGUCGUUCAAGUGUUUCGGCUGUCGAAAAUGCCAUAUAUCCGAGCAGUAGUAGUACUUCCACAGGCGGAGCAAAUAACACAACUCACCCUUCGUUGCAUUUGCGUCAUUCCUUUUCGACGGCAUCAAAUUAUCGUCUACGUGAAUGUAGUGAUACUUUGUCAUCGGUAUUGCGCAAUUCGGUGAAUACUUGCAGCAAGGAUACGCUAUUGUUUUUGGAUCAACAACAGCAUCACAACCACCAUCAUCACCACCACCACCAUCAUCAUCAUCACCGGCAUCAUCACAGUCUAAUGGAGGAUGAUGAUGAUUCGUCAACAUUUAUGGGCAGUCGAUCGUUGUGGAUAUCACCGGUUACGCCCCACAAACUUAUAACAGUAUCGCCGAAAAAUUAAUAAAGAAA